AAAGACUCCUCCCCUUUUGAUGAUGGCUUGCUGACUGCUGUGUCCUUGCUGAUUUAAAGCGGUCGAUUUGAUAUAGGGGAGACUGUGAAACUGAAAAAAAAUAAUGAAUGUUUGAUAACGUGAAUUUUAUAUUUGACGUCUGCAAGUUUUACCCGCAAAUCUAACUGUAAACACAGUUGCAUUUUAUUUGAGGACAAAAAAGAAGACAACAUGGACUUCAACGUUAAAAGAUUAACAGCAGACGCCGGUAUUUUUCUCACUCGUGCUGUACAGUUUACAGGUGAAAUACUUGGCCAAGCUGAAAAAACCGAGUUGGAUGCGCAUUUGGAAACUCUUCUGGCAAGAGCAGAAUAUACGAAGCUGUGGACAGAGAGAAUAAUGAAGCAGACUGAAGUUUUACUACAGCCUAAUCCAAAUGUCAGAAUAGAGGAAUUCUUGUAUGAGAAGCUGGAAAAAAAAGUCCCCAUGCGUGCAAAUAACCACGAGCAACUGGGGACAUACAUGAUUGACUCCGGACAUGAGUUUGGGCCAGGAACAGCUUACGGAAAUGCACUCAUCAAAUGUGGAGAGACUGAGAGACAGAUUGGAGGCGCAGAAAGAGAGUUUAUUCAGAGCUCAGCCAACAACUUCCUCACACCCUUCAGGAACUUCAUUGAAGGGGACUUUCAGACCAUCUCUAGAGAACGGAAGUUCUUGCAGAACAGGCGCUUGGACUUGGAUGUCACCAAAUCCAAACUGAAGAAAGCCAGGGUUGCUGAAGCCAGAUCAGCACAACUGAACUCGACCCCGCCACUGGGCGAAGAGUAUGGAGCCCACUUUAGCUACAUGCUCAGCUUUCUGCAUGUUAAAUGGCUUAAGAUGUGGUCUGAGGAGGAGGCUCAGGCGGAGACUGAACUGAGGGUGGCACAGAGCGAGUUCGACCAGCAGGCAGAAAUCACCAGGCUCCUUCUAGAGGGCGUCAGCGACACCCACGCGCAUCACCUCCACUGCCUGAAUGAGUUUGUUGAGGCUCAGGCCACCUACUACGCACGGUGCUACCAGCACAUGGUGGACCUCCAGAAAAAACUUGGAAGCUUUGCUUCCAUGCUCUCCUCCAACAACAACCAGCAAUCCUCACCAUCCAGGGCCUCCGUACCCAUAGCUUCUUCCCCGUCGGUGUCACCCUCAUACCCCUCUGCCCUGAAUGAGCUGCCCUGCUCCAACACCAGCCGCCAGGCGCGGGUAGUGAAUGACUACGAGGCCGCGGGCAGAGGAGAGCUGUGCCUGGCAGCGAACGAGAUCAUCAUGGUUUCCACUGCGCCAGGCAUGGACUCUGAUUGGCUGAUGGGUGAAAGGGGGAACCACAAGGGCAAGGUUCCCAUUUCCUAUCUGGAGCUACUGAAUUGAGAGUGUAGCAUAGGCUGAAGGUAUAACGGCCUAUUCCUAUCUAGAGUUAUUAUUUAAACUCAAUAACUACCAUUUCCUUCAAAGCUAUCUGGAGUCUUCCACAUCACAGGGCCGACAGCGAUACAAGAACACAUUGGGGAAAUCCUUUUUAAGGGAUCUGAGAUUAUGAAAGAUCUGUGCCAAACAGACAUUUUCCUUGUUUGCUGGGCAUUUCUCCAACUUGGACAUCAGCCAUAGUUUUGGGUAGUGUGCAAAAAGAGUCAUCGUACUGCCACGUCAGCUUUGUUACUAAGUAUUUGCAAAGACCCCACAUACAGUAAGCGUUUCCCCCAGGAGGAAAAUCAGGUUAAUAACAGAGGAGAUUCUAUCUGAAAGCUAUGCUGUUUUUUAAGUAGUGAACAACAGUGCCUUGAGAUAAAGCUAUAGGAGACUGAGUGACUAUAUGUUGGUUAGACCUUGGUAAGGUGUCUCUUUGAUAUGUGUAACAAGGUAGUAUUUACUUGAUGAGCUUGAAGGUUUAUUUUCUGCUAAAUGAAAGGUUACUAAUCACAGGAAGUUGUUUUCUUUGGAAAGUAAAAUGAGACCUACAGGUGUUUAUUAGGCAUAUAUCUUAACUGAGAGAAUUUACUCAUGGUUAUGAACCGAUGAUAAACUGCCAUAUGUUGCACAUUAGUACUAUUUAAUUAUUUAAGUAUUUAAAGUCCUUAGUCAAUAGAAAUGUAUGUAUGUAAUGUCACUUGCCACAUUAUAAUAGUUCAGGUUUCUCAGAAUGUUGCAUAUUAAUAUGAACACUAGUUUGAUAUUAAUGUGGUAAAAGAUCAUAUCUUAUUGUUUACAAGAAAAUGAUGUGUAUCAGUCUCUCAUUCUGAGGAGGCUGGUUACCCUUAGCAGUUCUUUAGAAAACAGUUUUGUUGGAAAUGUGGUAUGCUGUCAUCAGUCCAUUAAGUUUGGCGUCUCGUGCAAUAAAGGGUCUUACUAGCAAUU